UCUGUGCCAACAUUUCCCUGAACCUUUUGAAGAUCCUGUAGCAUAAACAGAGCUGGCUCUUUCUUUCCUUACUGUUAAGCCUGGGAUUCUCAGGUCUGUUUAAUCAGUUGCCUUUCAUCCAUCUGCUUCUCAGAUUUUACUUGCUGCCUCUUCUCUCACUUUUCCGAGGUCAUUUUGUCUGUCCUCCCACUCCAGUGAGUACUCAACUGAACCCUAAGGCUGACUGAUUGGAGCUGUCCACUUUAUAUUGAAUGCUUCUAGUGACCGUAGUUACCUCAGGUGCAUUUGAUACUUUUCUUCUUGUCCCCUUCCUGGACUAGUUUUCCUUGUUACUAGCAUUAUAAAAAAGCAGAGUUUAUUUUCAGUAUUUAUAGAACUUAGUAUUCUUGUGCUGCUUGGUUUUAAUUUCAAAAGGCCACGGAUUAAGAACCUUUGCCUUUAGGUACUGGUUUCCCUUCUUUUCUUUGGUGAAAUUAUUUUCUUCCGCCAUUUCUUCUUAGGUUGUGAUUUUCUACUUAAAAAAUACUCAUGGCAGGAUUCACAAGGAAGUCUUCUCUUUCAGGAGAGGCAUGGGUGUUCUAGUGCAGGAUUUUCUCCAGGGCACUCAUUAAGACAGUUGCCAAGUCCUGAAGUAGACUGUUGGUAAGGAAGACUUGAUUUUUUUAAAGCCUCAUGGGACAUAACCAUUGCUGGAUGCCUGGUAGAAUUAAGAAAACUGACUGCAUGAGAGGCACUCUACAUGGGCAAGAAUGUUACCUGAAUCAAAGAACUAAAUGAGUCACACUUUCCUUAAUUAUAAAUGUUCUUGCUCUUCUCCACUUAAAGAUGCCUUCGCACUUCUGAUAAAUGCAAACCGAAAACUCACAAGGCCACGGCAGAGAUAAAAUCAUUACUGCUGGAAACCUGGAAGACUGCCCUUAGAAAAAGGAAAGUCCCCGAUUGUUGUUGGAAAUGCUAAGGAAGUUGCUGAGGAGGAGACUUUUUUCUUAUCCCACUAAAUACUACUUCUUGUUUCUCGUUUUUUCCCUCGUUGCCUUCUCUGUUUUAAGAAUUUAUCAAAAGCCUGAAUUUCUGAGCAUUGAACAUUUGGAUCUAGUUGGAGAGAAUCCUAAUAGUAAUAUUAACUGCACCAAAGUUUUACAGGGUGAUGUGGCCGAAAUCGAAAAGGUAAAGCUGGAGAUUCUAACAGUGCAAUUUGGAAGGCGCCCUCGAUGGACAACCUAUGACUAUAUAAACAUGACUAGUGAUUGCACUUCUUUCAUCAAGAGACGCAAAUACAUUGUAGAACCUCUUAGCAGAGAAGAGGCAGAGUUUCCAAUAGCAUAUUCCAUAGUGGUUCAUCACAAAAUUGAAAUGUUUGACAGGCUCCUGAGGGCCAUCUACAUGCCUCAGAAUUUCUAUUGCAUUCAUGUGGACAAGAAAUCAGAGGAUUCCUUCCUGGCCGCGGUGACUGGCAUUGCAUCCUGUUUCAGUAACGUCUUUGUGGCCAGUCAGCUGGAGACUGUGGUGUACGCAUCGUGGAGUCGGGUCCAGGCCGACCUCAACUGUAUGCGGGACCUCCACAAAAGAAACGCAGGCUGGAAGUACCUGAUCAACCUCUGCGGCAUGGAUUUUCCUAUUAAGACCAACCUGGAAAUUGUCAGGAAGCUCAAGUCACUAAUGGGAGAAAACAACCUAGAGACGGAGAGAAUGCCAUCCCAUAAAAAAGAAAGGUGGAAAAAGCACUAUGUAGUGGUGGAUGGAAAGCUGACAAAUACGGGGACUGACAAAGAGCAACCUCCUCUUGAAACGCCUCUGUUUUCGGGCAGUGCCUAUUUCGUGGUCAGCAGGAAGUACGUAGAGUACGUGCUAGAGAAUGAAAAAAUCCAGAAGUUUAUGGAGUGGGCGAAAGACACAUACAGCCCGGACGAGUAUCUCUGGGCCACUAUUCAGAGGAUCCCUGAAGUCCCUGGCUCACUGUCCUUAAGUCAUAAGUACGACAUGUCCGAUAUGCAAGCAAUUGCUAGGUUUGUCAAAUGGCAGUACUUUGAAGGUGACGUUUACAAGGGCGCACCCUAUCCACCCUGCAACGGGGUGCACGUGCGCUCCGUGUGUGUUUUUGGAGCAGGUGACUUGAACUGGAUACUGCGCAAGCACCACUUGUUUGCCAAUAAGUUUGACGUGGACAUUGACCUCUUUGCCAUCCAGUGUUUGGAUGAGCAUCUGAGGCUUAAAGCCCUGGAGACGUUAAAACACUGACAUUUACUGUAGGCAAUUUUAGAAAUAAUAAGGCGGCUACAUGAGAUGUAUUCCAUCUGAUUCUUCGGCUCUAUUAAUUAACAUCAGAAACACUGUAGGGGUUUAGAGCAAGGACUCUAAAUCUUCUUGUCAGAGAAUUCACAUGGUCUCUGCAGAGCACAGCCGGUUAGAAAGGUUAUGGCAUUAAACCUUGACUUAGAGUUAAUGUGAGGCCAAGGCAAGUUGCAAGGCAUUGUGGGGAGAGGUGACCCAGGUGGCCCGGAAGAGGCCCAAUGCAACAACCAGCCUGUUAAAAGAGCUCAGGGACUUCACAAAAUGAUAAGAUUUAACCUGUGCCAAAAUUGCUUUGAGAGCUUUAAAUAUGCCAGUCUUCCCAGUUUGAAUAAAUUUAUAGCAGCAACCAAUCAUGAGGGUAUAAUUUAUUUUGUAGGUUCUAUUUGUUGAAUUAGAAAAUUGACAUUACUGUAAAUGAUUCUUGUGAAUAUAAUUUACUGUCUGCUGCAACAUUGUGCUGUGUAUUGUAUCUAUGUCAUCUCAGGGAACUUGGAAAAAACGGGCUUGACUGAAUGUAAAUGUUUCUGAGUAAUUUUUGCUUCUACCAAUGUACGUAUGUUUUUAAAAACAAAAAAACUGGCAAUUUCUGGUUUAGUUGA